GUGACAAUGUGUUAUCGAUUAGUAUUCAAUUUAAAUUCAGAAUAGUCCAUGGUGAAUGGCAAUUAUUGGACAAUGGACGAUAGCUCUAUUAUCGGUUAGCCGCCACAAUCAUAACAAAUAAAUAAACAUGGCACGAAAUGCGGAAAAGGCAAUGACAACGUUGGCGCGAUGGCGAGCGGCCAAAGAAGUCGAGUCAGGUGAAAAGGAACGCCGGCCUUACUUGGCCUCGGAGUGCAGUGAUCUGCCCAAAUGUGAAAAGUUUCGCUUAGAAAUCAUUCGUGAAAUAUCCAAGAAAGUAGCACAGAUACAAAAUGCCGGUUUGGGAGAAUUUCGCAUACGUGAUCUCAACGAUGAAAUCAACAAACUGCUGCGCGAGAAACGUCACUGGGAGAAUCAGAUAUCCUCCCUCGGCGGUCCGCACUAUCGACGAUAUGGUCCAAAGAUGUUCGACGCAGAAGGACGCGAGGUUCCGGGCAAUCGUGGCUACAAAUACUUUGGAGCGGCCAAAGAUUUGCCUGGUGUGCGAGAGCUCUUCGAACAAGAUCCGCCGCCACCGCCACGCAAAACACGUGGCGAACUGAUGAAAGACAUUGAUGCCGAGUAUUAUGGCUACCGAGAUGACGAGGAUGGCGUGUUGAUUCCACUCGAAGAGAAGAUCGAAAGAGCUGCGCUACAAAAAGCUGUGCAGGAAUGGCGCGACAAAAUGGCACGCGAUGGACGCAUUAUUCCCGACGACGACGAAGAGGACGAUGAUAUCUACCCACUAUCAGGACCAGCACGUGAAGCUGCCGAGGAUGCCAAAUCCCGAGCCGCAGAAAAUCCAGAUCCAUUGGGUUUGUUGGCGCCACGAUUCACUGCCCAUGUGCCAGUGCCCACGCAGCAGGAUGUCCAAGAAGCACUACUGCAAAAACGUAAAUUAGAGUUACUGCAAAAGUACACAGUCGAUGCAACAAACUGAUUGUAAUCAACAAAUGUUUAAUAAUAAUUAUGAUUGAAUAGAUUAUUUUGCCACAAAAUUAGAAAUUUAAAUUUUCAAACUAA